ACUACAUAUCCCAGCAUACUUUGCGGCUCUACCGGAAGUGGAUUUGGCCGGCGCCGACCUUGUCGUCUGACGUGCGAGCAGCAUGGCGAGCAAGGAGCCCAAUCGAUUGGUCCAGCACCUCAGGGACCUGGCUGGACGCAUGUCCUCGUCUGGUGGCAGAGGCGCAGGUCUCGGACUCAAGCUGCUGAUGGGAGCUGGCGCUUUGGCGUACGGCGUGAAGGAGGCCACCUACACAGUGGAUGGCGGUCACAGAGCGGUCAUCUUCAACAGAAUCGGCGGGAUGCAGAUGGACACGGUCCUGGCCGAAGGGCUUCAUUUCAGGAUCCCAUGGUUCCAGUAUCCCAUCAUCUACGACAUCAGAGCCAGACCCAGAAAGAUCUCUUCGCUGACAGGCAGCAAAGACCUGCAGAUGGUGAACAUCGCCGUGAGGGUCCUGUCCCGCCCAAUGGCGUCCAACUUGCCCAUCAUGUAUCAAAGGCUGGGCAAGGACUACGACGAGAGAGUCCUGCCGUCCAUCGUCAACGAGGUCCUCAAGUCGGUGGUGGCCAAGUUCAACGCCUCUCAGCUCAUCACGCAAAGAGCGCAGGUGUCGCUGUUGGUGCGCAGGGAGCUUUUCGAGCGAGCCAAGGACUUUAACAUCAUCCUGGACGACGUGUCCAUCACAGAGCUGAGCUUCAGCAGCCAGUACACGGCUGCUGUGGAGGCCAAGCAAGUGGCUCAACAAGAGGCGCAGAGGGCUCAGUUCUACGUGGAGAAAGCCAAACAAGACCAGAGGCAGAAGAUCAUCCAGGCUGAAGGAGAAGCUGAGGCUGCCAAGAUGCUGGGCCAGGCCGUCACCAAGAAUCCGGGCUACCUGAAGCUGAGACGGAUCAGAGCCGCACAGUCCAUCGCCAAGACGGUGUCCACGUCUCAGAACAAAGUGUACCUGAACGCAGACAGUUUGGUCCUGAACCUACAGAACCGAGACUUGUUUGAUAACUUGUCAUUGGGACAGAAAAAGUGAUGAAGAGGACCGUCGCUGCCCUCGUCUUCGUCACAGCAGACCAGCGCUGACUUGUAGAGCGAGCACCCGAGUGAAGUAAUUUUUUCUUGUUGUUGUUGGUGAUUAAAUGUGUGAA